ACCCUAGUCUUUUUGCAACUUGUACAAAUCUAAAACCCUAAACCCCAAGAGCUCACAAGCGCGCCGGAGCUCCUUCUUCUCAUUGAUCCCUGAGCUCCAGCCAUGGCUGACGGGAGAUCCGACGAGGCAUCCUCUGAUUUUGUGGAUUCAGUACGCUUUACUUUUUAUACACCUGAGGAGGUUAGAAGGAUUAGUGUUAAAAAGAUCACAAAACCGGAUCUUUUUGAUGCCAAAGACGCUCCUAUUGUGGAUGGACUGUAUGAUCCGGCAUUGGGUCCGCUUGACAAGAUUGACUCUUGUAAAACUUGUGGUCAGCUUUCUGUUCGUUGCCCUGGUCAUUAUGGUCAUAUUGACUUUGGGAAACCUCUGUAUCAUCCGUUACUCUUUGCGAAUCUGAAAGGGUUGCUCCAAGUCACUUGUUUCCACUGCCAUAGAUUUAGGUUCAAGGAAGAAAGGGUUGAGAAAUAUGCUUUACAACUGCAGCUAAUCAUAAAGGGCAACCCCAUUGUGGCUAAGAACUUUGAUGAGCAGCCAGUUUCUGCAAAGGAAAUCAAAAAGAAACUUGCUGCCUUGGAUAUGGAUUCAAAGAAUCUGACACAACAAAAAUGGACAUCCCUUCAACAGUCAGAGGCUCUUCUGGUCUUGUCUAAAUUCUUGGCUAAAAACCCCAAGAGGUGCCAGAACUGCAAGAAAAGGAAUCCAACAAUAACUAGUCCUAUAUUUGGAUGGUUUAACAAGACCAUCAGUGAAGAAGCUAUACGUGCAAAUUUUAUAAUAGACUCUAAUCUUAGUCUGGCAUCCACUGAAGUUGAUGAACCAAAGUGCCUUCUUGAUCAAGAAACACAAGAUGAGGAUUCAUUUUCAGAAGGUGGAGUUUCCCUUAUUGAUGAAGAAUUGCCUGUUCCUGCUAAGAAACGAAGGAACACUAAGCUCAAAUCAAAAGACUUACUGCCUCAAGAUUUCGCAAAACUAUUUGAAUCUUCUGGGCGAAAGCAUUUACUUCCUUCAGAGGUGGAGUUUAUUUUGGAAGCCUUGUGGGAAAAGGAAAAGUUAUUUUGCAGGCUCCUUUGCGACAUUCAGGAGGGAGGCCUGAAUUCAUCAUCAGAAAAGGCUCACACCAUGUUUUUGCUAAAGGCUCUUCUUGUUCCUCCAAACAAGUUCCGCCCCCCUGCUGGGGAUGGUACUGGCAAGGUGUUGGAGCAUCCACAAAAUGUUUUAUUAAUUAAAGUGCAGGAGGCCAACAUCACAUUAUGCAAGUUAAUUGCAGAAAGUCCUGAUAAUCCAAAUAUUGUAAGGAAGUGGAUGGAUCUCCAGCAAACUGUGAAUGUCUUGUUUGAUAGCAGUAAGGCAUUAGGUAAAUCUGACAGAGAAACUAGUGGUAUACGCCAACUCUUGGAAAAAAAGUCGGGUAUCUUGAGACAAAAGAUGAUGGGAAAGAGGGUUAAUCAUGCAUGUAGAACUGUUAUAUCACCAGAUCCCUACUUGGCUGUCAAUGAGAUAGGAAUACCUCCUAAUUUUGCAUUGAGAUUGACUUAUCCUGUGAGAGUAACCCCUUGGAAUGUUGAUGAACUAAGGGCUGCUGUUAUAAAUGGCGCUGAUCUUCAUCCUGGAGCGACACAUUACAAAGACAAAGAUAGGAUGUACAAGUUGCAAGUUACUAGAAAUCAUCGCAUGGCAAUUGCUCGAAAAUUACCGACUUCACGAGCUUCUGCACAAACAGGGAAGGGACCAGAAACUGACUUUGAGGGAAAGAUUGUCAAUGUUCACCUUCGCAAUGGUGAUGUUGUCCUUGUCAAUAGGCAGCCCACACUGCACAAGCCAAGUAUGAUGGCUCAUAUUGUUCGUGUAUUGCCAGAGUUAAAGACAUUUAGAAUGCAUUAUGCAAAUUGCAGCACUUAUAAUGCUGAUUUUGAUGGAGAUGAAAUGAAUGUUCAUCUCCCUCAAGAUGAAGUGUCGCGUGCGGAGGCAUUUGGGAUUGUAGAUGCCAACAAGCAAUAUAUUGUUCCUACUAGUGGUGAUCCCAUCAGGGGUUUGAUUCAGGAUCAUAUUAUCAGCGCUGUACUUCUAACAAGGAAGGACAUGUUUCUUACCCGUGAUGAGUACAAUCAGCUGCUAUAUGCUUGCUGUGUGCCGAUUGCUGCUUCCAGUUCUCAAGUUAGUAAAUUUGGGGAAAAGGUUACCGUAUUAUGCUCCGGCAAUGAGAUUCAGCCCCUCUUUCCUGCCAUUUUAAAGCCAAAACCUUUGUGGACUGGAAAGCAGGUCAUUUCUUCAAUCCUCAGCUAUGUCACAAGAGGCAGGAAGCCUUUUACUGUUGAAAAAGAUGGGAGAAUCCCAAAAGAAUAUUUUGGAAAGGAUCUUACUGAACACAAGCUGUUUAUAUUGAACAAUGAAUUAAUACAUGGAAUGAUUGACAAAGCUCAGUUUGGCAAGCAUGGUCUGGUUCAUACAGUCCAUGAAUUUUAUGGUGCUGAUACUGCUGGAAUUUUGCUUUCAAUGUUCAGUCGUCUGUUUACUAUCUUUCUUCAGAUUCACGGAUUCACGUGUGGAGUAGAUGACCUUUUAAUUUCUGAAGAUUUGGAUUUGAGGAGGAAAGAUAUACUUGAAACUAGUGAAAAGGAAAGUGAACAAGUCCAUUUGCAAUUUACUAACAAUAAUUCUGUAGGUUCUACAGAUCUGCAAAAGGAGAUUGAGAAGGUUAUACGAACAAACAUAGAACCUGAGACAGCACGUUUGGAUAGAAUGAUGUCCAGUAAAAUGAAUGCCAUAACAUCUGAAGCUAAUAAUGCCUUGUUUCCAACUGGACUGGUAAAAUCAUUUCCAGCCAAUUGUCUCUCUCUCAUGACUGUAACUGGUGCUAAAGGUGGCUUGGUCAAUAUGACACAGAUAUCUUCUUUAUUAGGCCAACAAGAAUUAGAGGGAAAACGUGUCCCUCGCAUGGUAUCUGGGAAAACAUUACCCUGCUUUCCUCCUUGGGAUAUUUCAUCUAGAGCUGGUGGUUUUAUCAGUGAUCGGUUUUUGACUGGUCUCCGUCCUCAAGAGUAUUAUUUCCAUUGCAUGGCUGGUCGUGAGGGGUUGGUUGAUACAGCCAUUAAAACGUCCCGAAGUGGAUACUUGCAACGCUGUCUUGUGAAGAAUCUUGAGUGCUUAAAAGUCUCUUAUGAUUAUACUGUGCGUGAUGCAGACGGAUCUGUUGUACAAUUCAUGUAUGGGGAGGAUGGAGUUGAUGUUCUGAAAACCAGUUUUCUUACUGAAUUUGGUGUACUUGCUUCUAACAAGAGCAUUCUUCUAGAUAGGCCAAGCGAUCAAGAUUUGUACAAAUCAAAUGCUUUUAUCAGGGAGUUGCCUGAAGCACUCAAGGAGAAGGCAACAACUUUUAUUCAUAACCUCUCAAAGAAAGGGCUCCAUAAAAUUGAGAAGAAGGAGUUGCUGAAGUUGUUAAAGGUGAAGUACUUCUCCAGUCUUGCUGAUCCCGGUGAGCCUGUUGGUGUGGUAGCUGCUCAAUCUAUUGGAGAGCCGUCCACACAAAUGACACUGAACACUUUCCAUCUUGCCGGGCGAGGAGAUAUGAAUGUGACACUUGGAAUACCACGCUUGCAAGAAAUUUUAAUGACUGCCAAGGAGGAUAUUAGGACUCCUAUAAUGACUUGCCCCUUGUUUCAUCACAUAGAGAAGGAAGAUGCUGAAGAUCUUGCGGCAACAUUGAGGAAGAUCACUGUAGCUGACAUUGUGGAAAAUAUGGAGGUCUUCACGGUGCCGCUUUACAUUCAUAAUCACAAGGCAUCUAUCAUGUACAGGCUUAAAAUGAAGCUUCAUCAUCCUGAUCUUCUGAAUAGGAAGCUUUUCCAUUCUGAUGAUUACCGUACUAAAUUUGGUGUAACAUUAGAUGCUUAUGAGCAGACAUUGAGGGUUUCAUUUGUUAAGGCUUUGGAGGUUGCCAUCUUCAGACACCUGGAUUUGGUGUACAAGAUUGGUGACAUCAGUGAUGUUUCGCGGAAAGAUGAGAGCAACAAUGAUGAACAGGAGGAUGCUGAUGAAUCGGAGAGCAAAGCUGGACAGACGAAAGACAAUGAUGAUGCAGGUGAUGGAAGUGAUGCUGGUGAUGAAAUUGCUGAGGAUCAAGGCGCCGAUGCUGAAAAGAGGAAAAGACAGGUCUGUGAUGAAAUGGAAUAUGAGGAUGAUGCAGAAAAAGUGAGCUCUCCAAGGGCAUCAGAGGAUCAUGACGAAGAGGCGGCAUCUGGUUUGGAAGAUGACCAAGCUGAGGCUGAGGACGAGGAUUAUGUCAUUGGAGGCAAGCUUGUCAACUCUGAUACUGAUGACGAGGACAAUGUCUCAGGAGGCAAGCCUCUUAACUCUGAUGCUGACGACGAGGAUGAUGUCACAGGUGGCAAGCUUCUCAACUCUGAGGCUGACCUCGAAGCUUUGGGAAGCCCAUCUAACUUUGAAGUACCAGUGUCUGAGACAGUGGAAGAUGUAUCGACAGAGAAGAGGAAAACUAGACAAAGACCAGAUAGGGAGGCCAAACGGGUGAUUAGAACCAAGUAUCAUAAGUUGAAGUUUGAAUUGCUGAUCGUCUUUCAGGAGGAGGACCCUCAUAUUUUAUUGGCAGAGGUUGCUCAGCAAGCGGCGAAGAAAGUGCUGUUGAAGGAUGUGAAGAACAUUGAUCGAUGCACGGUGAUUGAAAGGAAAAAGCCCACUGAUCCAUACUCCUUGCAGACGGCUGGUGUCAAUUUCUCCGUCUUUUGGAACUUAAAUGAACAUUUGAAUCUUGCUCAAGUACAAUCAAAUGACAUUCAUGCGAUGCUUACCACAUACGGCAUUGAGGCUGCUAAAUCAACAAUCAUUAAUGAGGUGAAGGGUGUGUUUGGUGCCUAUGGCAUACAUGUCAACCACCGGCACCUGAGCUUAAUUGCUGAUUUUAUGACCCUCCCGGGCUGGUAUCGAUCGAUGAACAGGCUCGGAAUGGAUAAAUUCUGCACAUCACCAUUUGGCAAAAUGACUUUUGAAACAGCCACGAAAUUCAUUGUCCAGGCGGCCUUGCAUGGUGAAGUUGAUAACUUGGAAGCCCCGUCGGCGAGCGUAUCUUUGGGACAACCAAUGAAGAUGGGGACUGGUUGUUUCGACUUGCUGCAGAAUCUGCAUGUUUAAUAUCUGUAAAUUAACAUGUUUCUUUUUGUGCAUUAAUAUCUCAUCUAUAAUGUUUAUUUUGUUGUCAAUCUAAUCUUAUAUAAUCUUGACUUGCUCUUGAGGAGUAAAUUUUGGUCGUUUGUUCUUUUGUAGCAUUUACUAAGAUUCAAGAACAGUUCAAUUGGAUUCCUCAUGUGCCUUUUUGUGCUUGAGCAAUCCAAUCCAAUGUAAUAUUUGUUUCAUCAUUAUGUUUGGAAAUGUUUUUUAUUUA